AGUGUUUGAGACUUGCUCAAGCUUUUUCUCCCUGGUGCUCAAGCUUUCCUCAUGGCUCUCCGUCGAUUCAACGCCGGCGGCAAGAAGCAGAAGGAGUUGACGGAUGAGCAGAAGCAGGAGAUUAAGGAAGCCUUUGACCUCUUCGACACGGAUGGCUCAGGCGAGAUCGACUCGAAGGAGCUCAAGGUGGCCAUGCGCGCACUGGGUUUCGAGCCCAAGAAGGAAGAGAUUCAGAAGAUGAUUUCCGAUGUGGACGAUGAUGAAAGUGGCACCAUCGGCUACGAGGAGUUUUUGAAGAUGAUGACGCACAAGAUCCUGAAUCGCGACCCGAAGGACGAGAUUCUGAAGGCGUUCCGUCUCUUCGAUGACGACGAGACUGGCAAGAUCUCCUUCAAGAAUCUGAAGCGCGUCGCCAAGGAGCUCGGAGAGCGCAUGACUGAUGAGGAGCUGCAAGAGAUGAUCGACGAGGCCGACCGCGACGGCGACGGCGAGGUGAACGAAGAGGAGUUCCUGCGCAUCAUGAAGAAGACAAACCUUUUCUGAGCACAUUGUUAUGGCGAAGGUUCACAACACUGCUCAGUCAAGCACCUUGGCCUUGGCAGUCAAUCACUUGUUCUAUGUGCUCCUUUUCCGGAGAAGAAUACGACGAACUCACGACGUUCAACGAACGAUGACUCGAGCGCUGUUGUUUCGCCUGUAGAGGAUCCAUCGAUGGCGAAGGAACCAUCGAGUGCUCAAGUCGAUGAGUGUCGAUGCGCUGCAUCGGUGCUCGUGUCAUGCCAGGUGUGGGCAUUGGCCAGGUACCACUGCCCACAAAAACGGAUCAGCAGCACCUCAAUAGUUCCUUCAAUUUACUACACGUGGAGAUAUGCAGAUAGUGAGUUGUAGAGGUGG